UCACAAUCCACCACCCUACACACCCGUGGACAGCCCAUUGACUGAUAGACCGUUAGCCAAUAUGUGGAAAUCUGCCCUCCCCACCUUGGUGGCCGACCUCCCCCUCCUGCAGACCGGCCGCUGUCUAAGCUGCCAAUUCCGCAACCCUGCAGCUCUCUCCCAGCUACGGACCAAACCCUUCUCUCUGCGCCAAUAUUCCAGCAAGCCUGAGAAACCAAUCGACAGAAAAGACGCCGCCCCCGUGAAACGAAACAUAAGAAACGAGGCACACCGCCUAUCGACUGCCAUCGAAUUCAAACAGAACCAGCCCCAGGAUGGACCUCAGCCCGGCGACGCAGACUUCGUUCCUCCAAGCCUGGACCGGCCCAUUGGCAGCCCGCAAGCGCCAUUAGAAGGACAAAACACAGGUGUUGACUCGCGGUCGAUGCGCCAGCGGCGCGACGAUUUCACCAACUAUGACCGGCACAUAAAGCGGCGCAAGGAAUUGACAAAACAAGUCGCUAAGCCGUAUUUCCGCGAAUGGUCCAAUCUCCGCUUCGCCGAGGGCAAGACCUUUGUCUCGAACCCGCGGCUGUUCAAAGCCGACAGAGCCCUUUACUUCCCGAACAUGCGCGGCAUAACGCUGGCGACACCGAAGGACCCCCAGGACACGACGACGCAGCUGCGCGGCAGCAUCUCCGUCGUAAACUUGUUCUCAAGCGUGUGGGCCGAGAGCCAGGUUGCGACGUUUACGGGGCCGGAGCAGAAUCCCGGACUUGUGGAGGCGAUGGCCAGCGGCGGAAGACAUGUGCAGAGGAUUGACAUCAAUCUCGAGGAGAACCGGUUGAAGGCGUUUAUAGUGAAGACGUUCAUGUGGCGGAUGCGGCAGAAAUUGGCGAAGGAGCAGCAUUCGCGCUACUUCCUUGUGCAGAAGGGUUUCGACCAGGCACUCAAGGAGACUAUUGGAAUGAUGAAUUCCAAGGUCGGUUAUGUCUACCUGGUUGAUUCGGAGUGUCGCAUUCGCUGGGCGGGGAGUGGACCGGCUGAGAAGUCUGAGUUGGAGGGACUUAAUGCUGGUUUGCGGAAGCUUAUUGAGGAGAAGAAGACUAUUCUCCGAGCGCAGGACCCGUCUCGCAAGUAUUAAUUGAGGCUGGGAUGAAAAGGAUUGCCUGAACUGGAGCCUUGGAUGUGAUUUUAUUCCGCUCUCGGUUGAAUUUGUACAUACAAUAGAGAAUCUGUAUAAUAGAAAGUAUAACAAAU